AUGAGCGGGGUAGGAGCGGUCGCGGAGCUGCUGCCGCGCAUCGCGGCGCUGCCGACGCGCGACGACCUCGAGUCGUACAGGCUUCCCGUGGAGAAGCAGGCGGAUGUGCGCCGCAAGCUAUACGAGGCGCUCUUUUCCGCUGUUUCGCCCGCGUGGCUCUUUCCUGCGGACCUCGCGCUGACGCCUGCGGCGGCGCUUGCGCUCCUCGCGCAGAGCGAGUGGAGUCUGUCACAGGCUCAGCGGCGUGCGGAUGCGAUUGCGGCACAUGGUGCGAGCGGCGGCGCAGCGGCGCCUGUCGCGGCGCAGCCCGAGUAUUCCUCGCAUCGCCGCGGGAUGGCCUGCGGCCACGUCUUUCGCAAAGGCGAGCCCAUUUUCCGAUGCCACGACUGCUCGUACGACGAUACUUGUGUACAGUGUGCGAUGUGCUUCCAGAACUCGAUCCACGCGCGCGAACAGCACGACAUUGUGUUUAGCGUGGCGGACGAAAACGGCGCGUGCUGCGACUGUGGCGACGAGGAGGCGUGGAAGUGCGAUCUGCGCUGCGAGUUCCACAGCAUGCAUCCCCACACAGAGAUCGACGAGGCACCCGAGGCGGAUCCGACGCUCGAGAGCCUGCACGCCGGCGUGCCGGAGGACGCACGCACGUCCAUUACGGCCUUUUCCGAUCUGCUUCUGACGUUUUACCUGCAGGUGAUCACCGCCGCCGAGCCGCAGCGUGCGCCCACGCUCGGCCCCGAGCUCGUGGAAGAACUGAAGCGCAUGCCGACGCUCGAGCGCCUCUUUGACACAAAAGGGAAAGCAGAAGACGCACCGCAGCCGUUUGCGGCGCUCCUCUGGAACGACGAAAAGCACACCUUUACCGACGUCUCCGACAAGAUCAUGGACGUGAUGCCGUCGCUGAAUGCGCACGGCGCACGCGCAUUUGCGGAGCAGGUCGACAAGCACGGCCGCGAGGUUCUCGCCAUCAUGCCCGAGCUGCGUCGCCUGGUGAUCAUGGCGCGCCGCAUCAACAUCCAGCGCCUCUUGGUCACGGUUCAGCCGGCAUUUGACUACUACGUGCAGGAGGUAGCCGGCGUGGUGCUUGCAUUCCUGAUGGACCUCGCGAGCUGCUCGCUGUACACGCCGCACGGCGUCGACGGCCGCGCUUUCAAGGUGCUCAUCACCACGCUCCUGCUCACGCCUUGGAAGAAUAGCGAGUGGGCAGAGGCGCCGACGACCAUUGCGCGCGAGUUCUUUGACCCGAGCCGCGUGUGCAAGCUCGACGCGCUCCUCCUCCUCGACACCAAGAUGUGGAAAGAGGCGCGUCUCGACGUGCGCCACCUCAUCAUGGACCUGAUUGCGUGCCGUGAGGCCAAGCUCGAGAUCGCCGUGCACUUUGCCUACGUUUAUCCCCGCAUGAUCGAGACUUUUAUCCUGCACGACCGCGAGCCGGAGCACUCCAUCUACCACAUGACCGUGCAGCUGUUUAGCGUACCGAGCGUCGCCGCGCGCCUCGUCGUCGAGCACAACUUCAUGCACACCCUCCUCCAGGUGCUCCAUGCGCUGUUUGUGAACGACAACGAGAGCCGUGUCACGGCGCUCACUCUCCCCUCGCCACCGCCCGCUCGCGGCCAGGCGAACGCGAAUGCGCCGAUGCUGUCGCAGGCCAAGUGCUACCACGUCUUCCACGACACACGCUACCUGCUCGCGGCGGGCGACGUGAAAAAGAACAUUGCGCAGCACGCCACCGCGUUCCUCGCGCCGUGGCUCACCUUCUUUGCGUACUUCCACGGGAUCGCGCCGGACACGCGCGCGGCGCACGCGCACGUCGAGUUCGAGAGCGAGCUGUGGUACCAGGUCUUCCACGCGAGCUCGCACCUCGGCCGCCUCGCCAAGAUCCUCGGCGAGGCGUUCCAGCACGCGACCAGCGAGCAGCUCAGUGCGGGACUGCAGUUUGCCGCCGACACGAUCCUCGCGCACCUCGCGCGCCUCGAGACACUCGACCCGAGCACGCACCCGAGCAGCGCGAUGCACACGGUGCGCUUCCCGGCAAGCGACGAGGGAGCGGCCGUGCCGGUCGCCGAGUUUGUCGUGGCACAGGACCCCGUCUCGUUUCACCACCCGAUGCAUUGGCUCCUGGCCGAGAUGCUCAAAAGCGUCGGCGCACACCCCGGCCUCGCGCCGCCGAUUAGCGAGGACGCAAUGCUAGCACUCCUCGAGCACCCGCUGCGUGUCACGGUCAAGCUCGCACAGAUCCGCUGCAACGUGUGGGUGCGCAACGGCUUUGCGAUCCGCUCGCAGGCCUACCACUACCGCGACAGCAUGUGGAUGCGCGACAUUAUGUACGAUCAAGACCUGUUUGUACAGCAGUGCGCGCUCGCAUUCGUGUCGCACGACCGCUUCCUCGUCACGCUCCUCGACCGCUUUGACCUCGUGGCGUGGUUCAGCGGAGAGCGCGGGCACGCCCUGUACGACGGAGAGCAGGCGACGUUCAUGGCCGAAGAGCUUCUGCUGCUGCUUGUGAUGCUUCUUACCGAGAUCAGCGUCCCGGCACACUGGCCGAUCGAGCAGCAGGUGCGCCGCGAGCUCAUCCACUACCUCGUGCUCGGCGCAGGAACUUACUCGGAAGUCACCAAGCAGAUUCCCGAGCGCUUCACGGACCACGGGUGCUUUGACCGCGAGCUUGCGCGCGUCGCCAACUUCCGCUCGCCGGACGGCACCAACGACCUCGGCAUGUAUGAGCUGAAGCCUGAGUACCUCGGCGAGGUCCAGCCCUUCUUCCAGCACUACUCGCGCAACCAGCGCGAGCGCGCAGAAGAGGUGCUCGCCGAACGUCGCGCCAAGACCGGCGAUGUGCCCCGCGCGCCCCGGCCUGCGCUCGGCGCACUGGACGGCACACUCUUUGCGCGCCUCGGCGACGUGCUGCACUGCCCCACGUUCCUCCAGAUCGUGGCGGGCACGCUGGGCAAUGCGACGUACGGCUACGCAGAGCCGCCCGACACGCUGCUCAACGCGGCGCUACACCUGCUCUACGUCGGCGUCGCGGAGCGCGGCGCGGCGUUUGUGCCGCACCUGACGCAGGCGCUCCAAGUGCCGCAUGCGGACCACGUCGAGACGCAGAGCCUCGCCGAUUUGCUCGCUGCAAUGCUCACCGAGUCGCGCCUCUCGGCGUACCACGAAAAGAUCCGCGGCCUCUUUGACGCGGCGGCCGCUCUGGACCCUGCGCUCGCCGCCGCCCUGCCGCAGCCGGCCGCGCCGCCGCCUGCGCCGAGCGACGAUGCGAAGCGCCAGGCGGCGAAGGAACGCCAGGUGGCCAUCAUGCAAAAGUUCUCCGACCAGCAAAAGUCGCUCCUUGCCACGCUCGAGGACGAGCUGAGCGACGACGAGGACGGCAUGGACGAGACCGUGGACGACUACGGCACAUGUAUCCUGUGCCAGGAGCGCCUCGACGGCCACCGCUCGUUCGGCACGCUCCUGCACAUCCAGGAGAGCCAUCUGAUGCGCACGACGCCGCCGCGGCAGCAGUCGGCGUUCCAAGAGAUUAUCGGCAUGCCGCUGGAUAUGGACCGCUCGCAGAACGACGGGCAGCGCACGCGUGGCCACCUGCACCGCUACGAGCAGGCCGAUCCGCACAAGCCGCGCAUCGCCCUUGGCUACGCCGCCGAGAACCACACGACGGGCUUUGUCGCGGUGACGUGCGGGCACAGCAUGCACGUCGCGUGCUUCAACAUGUACCUGCAGAGCACCGAGCAGCGCCACGCGAUGCAGGUCGCGCGCUCCCACCCCGAGGACCUCUCGCGCCUGGAGUUUAUCUGCCCUCUGUGCAAGAGCCUCGGCAACACGCUGCUGCCUGAGCCGGGCGCGAGUGCCAUGAGCCGCUCGCCGUUUAGCGAGGUGCCGCUGGGCAAGGUCGUGCCGGAUGACCAGGCGCUCACCGAAUGGGUGCGCCGCAUCAACAUUGCCAUCCUGAAGAACACGUCGGCGUCGGCGAGUGCGCGCGCCGAGCACCAGGAGCACGACUGCGGCUCGGGCUGCUUUUUGCCGUUCUACGCCCCGGCCUCUGCCACGCCGCACAACCCGGAUCUUGGCACGAGCGUGCUGGGGAGCGAAGAGUGCGCCGAGAUGCUGCAGCGUACGCGCUCCGUGCUGCAGCUCUUGGCGUACGAAACGAGCUGGGCGCGCUCGCGCGACCGCCGCCAGACGAUCCUCGAGUACGCGGGCGAUGCGGUGCAAGGCGACGCGAUCUACAUCCCCGAGCACGUCGUGGGCUACACGCUGGCGCAGCUCGAGAUUACACAGCGUGGCGUCACCCCGCCCGGCUCCAACGUCGCUGCGGCGCUGAGCGAGCAGCAGAUCAAGCUUGUCCAGUCGCUCCUCGAGACCCUCUCGUCGCUCGCCCAUGUCGCGUGCAAGGACGCAAAAGGCGCCGACAGUAUGCGCCAAGGCCUCCUCAAGCGCCUCAUGCCCCACUGGGCCGGCGAGCACUCGGUGCGCAACCCACUGCUGCUGCGCAACGCGCUCGGCGUCCUGGUCGAGGCGGCGGUGCUCAUGCCGCAGCACCUCCUGCACGCCACUGCGCUCCUGUACUAUGUGACGCUAGUGCAGACCGUCUUUGGCCUUGCCCAGCCGUCGUUUGCCCACGGCGAGCGCCGCAAGGCGGAGGAAAGCGCAGUAGGCGGUGCCGAGGCCGUGCAAAUCUUCCCCCACGCCCGCUGGCUCGUGACGAGCAUUGUGAACCUGGUGGGCUACGUGCGCGGCAACAUCACGCUCGGGUUCGACCACUGCAGCGACCAGGACCUCGCCAAGCUCCUGUGUGCCUACACGCUUCCGUUCCUGCGCCGCGCCGCGCUCCUGCACCGCAUCGUGAGCGGCGCGGUGCCCGAGCCGGCCGAGGGCCCCGAGUAUGUACGCCUGCUGCACCAGCUGCGUAUCCCCUUGCCUGCGGAAGCGCUGCCGAUGCACGCGGCGCCUGCCGGCCUUGUCGCGAUGCUUGUCGAGGGCUGGACGAAGCACGCGUACGUCCACCUCUCCCCACUUUUCCGCCCUUUGCCGAUCCUUGCAGAGCCGCACGAGGCGCGGACGGCUGUACCGAGCCUGGUGCUUGAGCACCCCCACAUUUACGAGUUGCUUCCUCUGCCGCACGACUUUGCGCUCCUGCUGCAGCAGACGCAGACGCGCGUGUGCAAACGCUGCAACACGCUCCCCCCCCUGUGCUCGCUGUGCCUCUUUUGUGGCGAGGUGCUCUGUGAGCAGUCUUUCUGCUGCAGCGACCUCGACGACGAAGGACGUGGCGAGUGCCACCAGCACAUGGAGCACUGUGGUGGGCGUCUUGGCGCGCAUUUCCGUGUCGGAAGCAAUGUAGUGGUGCUGCUUUUCCAGCGCAACGGCUGCUUCACCUCUUCGCCCUACCUCAACACGCACGGCGAAGUAGACCACUCGCUGCUGAAAGCGCGCCCGCAGCGCCUGCACACGCAGCGCUACGACGAGCUGCGCAAGCAGUGGCUUACGCAUGGCAUCGCCAACAUUGUCACACGACGCACCGAAGCCAACGUCUCCAACGGCGGCUGGAUCACGUUCUAG